AUGAGACUGAUUUUCCAAACACUGGUCAUCUGCCUCAUCAUUCAUGUGGAAUGCUUCCAAAAUGUGACGGUUAACCUUGGCUAUUCGCAAUAUCGAGGACAGGCCAUCUCCAAUGGCAUUGUGCAAUGGUUGGGAAUUCGCUAUGCUGCUCCUCCUGUAGGAUCCUUGCGAUUUGCUGCGCCCCAAGAUCCAGAAACGGCGGAAGGAGUUCAGACUGCCUUUCAGCAUGGUCCCUUGUGUAUACCCACCGAUCAGUACCCCAUCCCAACUGGGGCAUCUGAAGACUGUCUGUUCCUUGAUGUGUACGCUCCGAAUUGGGCAAGGAAUGCAUCAAAGCUGCCGGUCUUUGUGUUUAUCCAAGGCGGAGGCUUUAAUGCAGACUCGAAUGCCAACUUCAACGGGACUGGGCUGAUUCAGGCGUCCAGAACUGGUAUCGUGGUGGUUAACUUCAACUAUCGAGUCGGUCCUUACGGGUUCCUCUCGGGGUCUGAGGUCCUGAAAGGUGGAAGUUCGAACAACGGGCUCAAAGAUCAGAUUAAAGUCUUGCAGUGGGUUCAGACGCAUAUAACAAAAUUUGGCGGUGAUCCUGAACAUGUGGUCAUUGGAGGGGACAGUGCAGGAGCAGCCUCGGUCACUCUUCUCCUCUCGGCCUACGCUGGGGAGAAUCGAGGUCUUUUCCAUGCCGCUGCUGCGGAAUCGCAAAGCUUUGCCACCAUGCUGACUGCAACCGAAGCUCAAUUUGCGUAUAACAACCUCGUGAUUCGCACUGGCUGUGCAAGCGAAGACGACACUCUAUCGUGUCUGCGCAAUUUGGAUGCAGGGACCUUACAGCGGCAAAACAUCGGCACCCCCCUUCCUGACGCACAGAAGCCGCCCCUCUACUUUUAUGCGCCUACCAUUGAUGGCGACCUAGUCCCUGACUACACAUACCGGUUAUUCUCCCUAGGGAAAUUUAUCAAAGUCCCUGUUAUAUUUGGCGAUGUGACCAAUGAAGGCACAACAUUUGUCCCGAAGAGUAUAUCCAGUGUGGGCGAGGCCGACACAUUCAUCCAGAGUCAAUUCCCAGCAUUCCAACUAGACCAGCUCGCCAUAGUCAAUCACUUGUACCUCAAUGAGAACCAGACUAUGUCGUUUCCUGAUGCUGGUGUAUAUUGGCGGCCGACCAGCAACGCAUAUGGCGAACUCCGCUACAAUUGUCCCGGUAUCGCCAUGUCAACGGCGUUCUCAGAAGCCGGGGUGAAAAGCUGGAAUUAUCACUAUGCAGUCCAAGACCCGAGCUCUGAAUCCUCCGGGGAAGGUGUUUACCAUGUCGUAGAAUUGAAUGCCAUCUGGGGUCCGCAGUAUGUGACUGGAACACCACCCGCGUCCUACUUCACCUCAAAUGCGCCUAUCAUCCCCGUCAUGCAGGGGUACUGGACUAGCUUCAUCAAGGCCUUCGAUCCGAAUCCCUAUCGCUAUCCUGGUAGUCCAGAAUGGGAGACCUGGAGUGGUAAUGGCAACAGCGACCGUCGGCUCUUCAUUAGGACGGGAGACACCAAGAUGGAAACGGUGCCGCUAGAUCAGAAGGCGAGAUGCGACUACCUAAUCAGUAUUGGGAUUGCCUUGCAACAGUGAAUCCUUCUCGAUACUCAUGCAACGUCGGUUCUUUGGACGAGUUUACUUUGUUUUCUCUACGCAUGUACAUAUCUGCAUCCCUCCUGAUCUUGAACCGUGGGCCAACAUACGUAUAGCCGUGGUCUACUAGAGCAC